AUGAAUGUCCAGUUGGGUUUGGAGAACAGUGAAGACAUGUCCAGCUCUGACCAAGUGCUAAUGCACAAUCAAAGUAGGAGCUUGCAUCCACCUGUCCCUCGAUCAUCGUUGGUGUCCAGCAUGACCUCCGUUUUAGAUGGCAGUGACUUCCAUCGCUCAGACCACCACCUCACUACCUCCCUCCACCCUGGACUUGGAUUUGGGGGUGAUUCCCCACCAGCAUCUGCAAAUAGCUAUACGACGUUGACCCCGCUUCAGCCCCUCCAUGAAAAGUUUCAUCACCACCAGCACCACCAGUGUGUCCCAGUUGGUAACGUGAUUGGGAGUUUUACGCUCAUGAGAGAAGAUAGAGGCCUUGGACCUCCAGGCAAUUUUUAUAGCCACUAUCCCAAAGAUAUAUCCAUGGGUCAGAGUCUAACAUCCAUACCUAGCCCAAACCUUACAAGCAUGCACAGUUAUGGCCAUCACUCGGGACACUUGGGUAAUGAAAAGAUGGUCACGGGCAAUGGCUUUGAAGGCCACCACUCCAUGUUUAGCAGAAUCGAUCAGCACUUUUCCAGAGAGUUAUCUCCACCUCCAAAUUCAGGUGUGGGGUCACCGAACUCCAUGCACCAACAUCCUUAUGCCCAUCACAGAGCCGAGUUAAACUGUAGGCAAAACCCCCAAAUGCCAACUCAAAGCACGGCCCUUUCAAGUCAGUUGGAGGAAAUUAAUACCAAAGAUGUAGCCCAAAGAAUCAUAGCUGAACUGAAAAGAUACAGUAUUCCACAGGCAAUCUUUGCAGAGAGAGUUUUGUGUAGGUCACAAGGCACUCUCUCAGACCUUCUGAGGAAUCCCAAGCCCUGGAGCAAGCUCAAGUCCGGGAGAGAGACCUUCAAGAGAAUGUGGCGGUGGCUUCAGGAACCAGAGUUCCAAAGAAUGGCAGCUUUAAGGUUAGAAGGUAAGAUACUUUUUACAAAGCAUGCUGGUUACCAGGACCUCGGACAAUACAGGAAAUAAAUAAGGGGGGUACAUUUUUUUAAGGGUUUUAGGUACCUCAAAAUAUUAGAGGACCCUAUAUUAAUUGUUCAUUUAUGGCAACGAUAAGGAUGAUACAGUCAGGAUAUCUUUGUAGGCCUUCAAGUAAGAAAUAAGACUUGCAAAAAUUGUCACGUAGGCCCUUAUCCACAGAUAUAAGCAUUGGGAUAGUGUAUGAUGAAGUGAAAAGCAGGGGGAAAAUUCACCAUGAACAAUCAUCAAAAAUAUCACACAACAAGCAUUAGAGGCAACACUGCAAGAUGGCGGCCACAUGUCUACUUCCAAGAGACGUGUUAGAGACAUAGAAAGCUCCUGUAUGAAGGAAGAAGAAAAAACACAAAUCAGUACGCAAUAUUAAAAAAAAAGACUAGGAUUGGAAGUCAUUGGUUUUCUCCGUUUUCCAAAAAUUCCCUGUAUUGUUUUUGGUCAUUUUCUAAGAAUGAGAACUAAUCAUGGUGAUAUAUAAAAAGAUGACUUAUAAAACCUUUUCUAAAUCAUCACUAUAUCCAUAUACACGUAGUGUGUAAUACACAUGAUAUGGACUAGUUACACAUACACAGGCACAGUAAUAAAAAUUGCAAUUAAUAAAAAAAAUGUAAAACCUAUUUCUAUUAUUCUACUUAAUCUGGGCAGGGAGAUUGGUAACUUUCCAUAACAUCUAAAAAACAAUUAAUUUAUAUUAACGAGAAUUUAAAGAUUGUUAAAAUUACACACUUCUCCCUCACCCACCAUUAUGUUUUUUUAAUUCGCAAAUCCCCUUCUUUUAUUUGACUAUCUGUCAUAUUUCUCCCAGUAUUUACAAAGGAAAAUACAUUAUAUUGUCAGUGACAAAGGGUCAAUCUCUACAGUCACAGAACAGAUAUAUUUUCGGUUUGAUUUUGACAAUAACGUAUUAGCAUCUGUAUUGAUAGAGGUAAAGAAAUAUUUUAAUCAAUAGAUCAUUUUAAUAUUGAUUAUCUAGCUGUUAACCUUUUUACUAAAAAAACUAAUCUGGACAUUUUACAAAAAUACAUUACAUUUUAACAGACAUUUCAGUACAAAUAUGUCAAUAGCAUAAUAGUAAUAAUAUACAUAAUAUUUUCUAUAAAAUGUAAAACAUCACAGAUUUUAGCAGAAGGCUUGCAUGGAGAAUUAGACCUUUCGUGGCCUAUCUAGUCUGACUGUCUUUCGUCUCAAAUGGCAUGUUCUAUAUGUGCCUUGAAACUAUUUUAAGAAUAAUAGAUCAAUUAAAUUUCACAUCAAUAACAAGUUAUAUAUCGUGCUUUAUGAAUUUGUAUACACUUUCCAAUUAUAUACUGUUAAAAUAAAAUAAUUUAAAAAAUUAUUUUUAACAUUUAAGAAAAUCCCCUAUAGUGCAACUAGGUAUAAUUUGAAAAUAUUAUUUAGUAAAAAUAGUUUAUUUAACUCAAUAAAAAAUAAAAAGAAAAUGAAAUAAAGAUGUCCAGCCCUCUAUAAUGUGAAUUUGUGAAAGAAAAAACAUGUAUUCAAAUGUUUUUUCCCCCUGUAUCUUCCUCACAGUAGGAGGGCAAUUCAAGAGAAUUGGUGUCCAUAUUCAGUGAAUAUUUUUUGUAACUGUGCUUCGAUAUAAUUACAGUCUCCUCCAGACAUCACAAAACACACUGUCUACAGGUAGUCAAAUUGUUCUUUUGUGUUGUUAAAAUUCAAAUAUUUUCAUACAGAUAAAUUUAUAAAUCACCACCUUUUUUAUUUGUAAGUUUCAUAUACAAUAUAUAUAUAUAUAUAUAUAUGAAUAUCAAUUCAUCUACACCCUGACUACUCAAUAUAUAAGAAGUAUUUGAUUUUAUAAGUCGUUUCUCAUCGUGUGUCGUAGUUUGAACAUGCGUUUUUUUGAAUAAUAGUAUUGACGUAUUUUUCUUUUACCUGCGGCCAGCUGGCUGUAAAUAUUGGAGCGUCCAUUUUGGGGUAUAAUUUUGCAGAAACUCAGAUGUUGACUUUUUUUCAAAAUGUAUUUUUUUUAAACAUUUACUAUAAUUAGUGUAAAUAUACUUAAGAAUAUUGUAUUUAUCAGUCUGAUCGUACACCCAUCUAUCUAAAUAUGAUGUGUUAAGAAAAUAUUACAGUGAAAGUUAAUUAUUUAAUCUAUAUGCGUCUGUGAACUAGCUACACAUUUAUUUUUUUAUGGUAGCACAAACUUUGUGCAGGUUAUUAGAUAGAUAUUUCAUUCCUAAUAUACAAAUGACAAUACUAUGUAGAGGCUGGGGAACUUUUCAAUAUGUUAAUAAAGUUUCGGCAAAUUUCACGGUAGUUAAGUAAAUAUGUUCGUCAAUUUCUAAUCGCUGUAAGAUUUUGUACAGUUUUAAAAUUUGGGGGGAGAUUUUUAUCAAAAAUGAAAGAAUAUUUUUUGCAGUAAAAGUUAUGUUGGAUUGUAAAACACCACGAAAAAAGUAUAACAAAGCUAUGAUAUUUACUAAACUGCGUUUACACCUGCUUAGAUCAGUCACACGUACAAUAAAAUAUCUGUAUAUUCCCAGAUUAUGGGUCGAAAUAUCUCAAAUACCCUGGCAAUGUCUCAAAACUAUUUUAAGAAAUAACAAUUUGGGAAAUGUUAUAAAUUAUAGCGUCAAUCUAAUAAUUUUUUAAAACGUGUGGUAAGCGGAGGACUGUGAAAAAUACCUUUUUUUAAAAAGAAUACAAUUUUAAUAAACAGUGAAAGUGAUCUAAGCAAUCCAAGCUGGAGAACGUAAGACAAGAAAGGGGUCAUUUCUCCAAACUGAGUUUAAAGAUCAAGAGAACUUCAAGGGACGCCCAGAAGAGCGGGUAGAAUCCCAUACAGGAAUUAAUUAAAAUUAACAAAAUAAAUAUGAAAGAUAAAAGUAAUUAUUAUACAUACACGGGAGCCCUACACAUAAGAGAUCUGUUAUUUUCCUCAACCCAGGCACUUAAUGGGUUAAUGGGAGAAGUGGACGAGUUGUUCUAUAAAGUUUUAAAAAGAACUAAGGUAGAAAGGAAUGGACUAUUUAGUGGGCUCUAGUCAUCUCUCCUGAAGACAUUUUUUGUUCCAAGUUUUUAGCGUAAUGUGUAGUAGUUUGGAAUUACCAAAUAUUCAGUGGACUUAAGUAAAUGUCAUGGGCGUAAAAAAAAAAAAAUUUAAAACAGAGAGAGAGAGAGUGAGGAAGAGAAAGUCAUGUAACAUUUAAUGUUUCUUCUACUGCAAGAAACUAAAUAUAACGUAUCUGUAAAAAAUAAUCAAUGCAGGUUAUGUACAAAAAAUAAAAUAACAUAUUAUAUAUUUAUGAAAUUGUGGAAAAUGGAUUGAUUGUCAGGGACUGUUAAAUGAGAAAACAGAGCAAGCACGUGAUAUGUUAAUAAUUAAAAUUCUAUUGAUUGUAAAAAAAAAAAAAUACCACAAUAAAUGUGUAUUAAAUUACUUGUGAUACUAUAUGUACAUGCAAAUGAAUUAUUAAUACUAUAUAAUAACGGUGCCCAUCACUGGCCCUUAAACUGCAGCAGGUCUAAAUUUCCCAUAAUUCUCUGAAAGGCGAUUCUAACAAAAGCCAAAGCGUCAAAGUUGACAAGAAUUUGAUAAAAUGUUAGAGAUAAUUGGUACACGAAUAUUCCUGUCUUGUCAUUCUUAAAGCCAUGACAGCUUCAAUUAUUAAAUAUAUAAAAACAACUAUUUUAUACAAUUAUACAUUUUCCCUACCAUUGUUAAAAUACAUAAACGGAUGGGGGAGGGGGGGUCGUUCGUGCAAUUUGUUUUAUCUAUGCACAAACUGAGCGCUGUUUAACAAAGAGUUAAGCGUGAUAUAGAACUCACCCUUCAUAAUAAAGAUUAUUACACUAUAUGAAUAGAAUAAUGAUUCUUUAGAUCUGGAAAAUAAGUGACAAAGAAUAAUGCUACACUGAGCCUCAUGCGUUUCCAUUUCUAAUGGAAUUAGGAAUUGUUGGCAAAUAUAUUUGAUAUAUAUUUUAUUAUUAUUAUUUUAAAUUUUUUAUUAUUUUUUUUUACUUAUUUUUUUAAUUCAUUUUUUAUUUUUAUUUUUUACAUUCUUUAUAUGUUAACAAUUCACUUAACAGGACAAACAGCACAGAAAAUGAGAAAUGAGAAUGGAGUUUAAUAAAUGCUACAUUUAGUUUUGUGUAUAUCGAUACGCACACUUUGCAUAUUAGACUUUUCAUCCCUUUUUAUCUCUGCCAUAUUGUGCGAGUCUGUGUUUUAUAUAUAUACAAAAAAGUGGGUAUCUUGGCACUCACCCUUUUCGGAUAACAAUACAUUUUCUGCCUUGGUACAAUCCCACGUUGAGAGGAUAUAUAAAGAAAAUAAUGAGAUGCACUCUCAGGGCUUGUAAAGUGAAAAAAGAGGAUUUAUUCCAAUAGGUAUUUACAUAAAAAAAAACAACGUUUCGACCCGUUGGGGGCUUUCUCAAGGUCCAGAUAUAUAUAUAUAUAUAACAAACACCAGACACUGGACUUUCACACCGGUUCAGACAGCCUGCUCACAUAAAUUCAGUUGGAAUGCAUCAUGUACAGAGAGUGAUUGAUGUCUUUUAAUUAACGACCAUCAAAUCAUUAUGAAGCUUUUAAGAUCAUUUUUGUUUGCAUAUCUACAUUGGACAGUAGCUAUUACUUAUCACUGGCUCCUUGUAUAUUUACAUUCCUAUAAUACAUGCUGAAUACAGCAUUCCGCACGCUUAUUUAUUUAACAUUAAAAUUCCAAAGGGACGUUUAGAAAACUGGGAGUGGGGGGGUACAUCAAAAAAACAAUCGUUGCCAAACUGAGCGAUUGUGCACAAUACCUUUAAUUAUUUGGGACGGCAUUCUGUAUAGAUAACAAACAUUUUUAGAUUGGGGCUCGCACUAUUACUUAUGGACUGAGCUGGCAAUAUAAGGGUUACAGCAAAAAUCAUUGAUUUCUACCGCCGACUCAGCGCCAUUCACGCACACACACACACACAAUCCACUCAUAAACUACCCACAAUUCUCUGCGCCUGAUUCCCUGGGGGGGGCUUUCUGUUAGCAUUUUAUUGAUUUUUUAUUUUACAGAAAUUAGCCCCUCUCACGACCCCCCCCCCAAGAAUCGUUUGCAUUAUAUUUAUUUAUUUUUAAUACAUCUUAUCUACUUUAACGAUUCACGUGAUAUAAACAAACAGGAAGGCGGAAGAAGAGAAAUGAGUGCGAGAUUUAUUAGACUGGAAUAAGUAUAGAUUUUUUUUUUUCUCAUCCGAGUCGCCUUUGUCUUGAUAAACAUACAAAUUCCUGCAUGCCUCAUUUUACGCCAUGAUUUAUAUAUUUUAUUCGAUACUGCCUGUAAGUAGGAUAAUAAAAGCUCUGCAUUUAUAAAAUUGCAGGUACCCACAUGUGUUUUUACCAGCAUUAAUACCCCUGCAUUUUUUUCCCGUUCUCCAUUUCAUGGCUGCACCUGUUGUUUUUGUAAUGGACAAAACUGAGCAUGCUCAAACUGUGACAAUAGAUUGUGCGUGCGCAUUACACGACAAGAGGGGAUUCAGAGCAUUUUUAUGAUAAAAAAUUAUUUCAGAUAGGUAAAACAGUCUUUACCAGUGCCGAAAAUGGUAAAAGAGGAAAAUUAAAAACUGAUUUGAGGGAUAUUUUUCCACCUGAAUAUGACUUUUAUUCUCUAUCAAAACAUCAAUAUCUUCCAAUUUAGGUUGCAAAUUAUUAAUUUAGCUAUGGUAUAGCUUUGAAGGGCAUGAAAAGGAAAAACGGCCAAUUAUUAUUCCUAUUUAUAUAGCGCCAACAUAUUCCAUAAUGGUUUACAAUCAUAAAAAGGAGACCUUUAACAAGUAGUUGACAUAAAAAAUGUUGGCAGUGACAAGAGGUGAGGUUGUAAUUCUAGUUGAAAGAAGUAUUGUACAGUAUGUGCAGUUCGAAGGGUGGUAUCUAUAAAUAUAUAUAAUAAAAAUCAUUUUUAAAAUACAAUGGAUAACAAAGGGGGAUUUUGUAAGGUGGGGAGAUGAAGUUAGAAGCUCGAUGUUGCCAUACGGGUCUCAUUUUCACUCUUGUGAACCAGGUUAAUUCAUACUUCGGAACACACGAGACUUGGCCAAAGACUCUGAUUGUCACUGAUAUCUGUGCCUCCAUAGCAAGGUCUUCUUCUAAGAGUAGAGUAAGUGUUGAUAAAAUAAACCUGGUUGCACCCAAUGUGGUACCCCAACCCAGCAGAUUUAUUGAUCAUGAAAAAUAAACUCCCACCUUUGUAGUAGUCUUCUUGCUCAGUAUAUGAAAAAGGAGAGUUCCACUGUUUAUUUUUUGCUACCAAUAACUCUCCUGGAUUAAGGUAGAAUCCUAAACUGCAUGUAAUUGGUAAUAUUACUUUGGUAGAAAGGUAGAGCCCCCUAUACUCAUCCUAGUGGUGUUGGUGGUGAUUAGCCUCACAUACAUGUCACCAAUCUCUGUACAAGCAAUGAGUUUUCUCUUCUAGAUACACCUAUUUUUUAGCCCUUAGGACAACGAAGUUCUUUUUGCUCCAAUGACCAUAGGAUCUAGGUUUUAAGUUUGUGAUUGCAAAAUAGCCCUUCCAAAUGAUGCAAUACUGUUAGAAAAACGUUCCAAAUGAUUUAUCUAGAAAUAAAAUUCAUAGACUUUAAUGGUAACUUCUCCAGAUAAAUCCUUUAGAAAGUUUUUCUAACAGUCUUGAAUCGUUUGGAAAGCUUACUAAAUCGAGGUCUAUGUAUCCAGAAGUCUGCGUGUCAGAAAGGAUUAAGGGAAGGCGUAUUACAAUAACAAUACAGUAACUGUAUUUGUAAGGCCAACGCAAACAUUUCCUAUUAGUUUGUUACAGAAGGGUUAGCAGAUCCCCAUUUUUAUGAGAGAUAGCUCUAUAAAUGUGUAAACAUUUAUUGGGUAGGUAUUUGAUUUAAAUCUUCAUGAUUUUCAGUCCAGGUCUUAAAUAUCACUGAUAAAUAGGGAAUCCAGUCGUAUGGACUACUAAUGACCAGUCGUAUGGACCACUAAUAACCAGUCAUAUGGACCACUAAUGACCAGUCGUAUGGACCACUAAUGACCAGUCUAUGAACCAAUAACAUUAAGAUACACACACAAAAAAAAAGGAAAAACAGAUGAUGCUACCAAAGUUAGGUUUUAGGAGGAAGGGAUGUUUUGGGAAUUUAUCUAAUAAUAGACAUUCUGUACACAUUCUUACCCCUGCAAUACAUGUGUUAUGGUGUAUUGUAUGUCCACUCACUCAUUGACAUCCUCUUAAACCCACUGCAGGAGUAAAUUCAUACAUUUAUCAGUGUGAGACAUAAAGAGACAUAAACACAAACAUUAGACAAAAUCAGGGACAAUAAGCAUAUACCAUUACAGCUCGUAGUAUUCAUUACAGCUUAUUGGAUUAUUAUAGCUCAUUGUGUCCAUUUCUGCACAUUGUAGUGGUUAUGGUACAGUUGGUGGGCAUCCUGUUAUAUCAGACCAUUUUCAAAUUGUUUGACAAACAGGGGGCUCUCCUGCAACUACAGUGCAACACUUGACCCUGCCAGACUUUGUACGGCCUUUGCGGGCUAGAGCACAGAGUUAACAGCUUAUCUUUGCAUAUAUACCUCUCAGCUUAUCUUUGCAUAUAUACAAUGUUUGUCCCUCUUGUCAGUGUAUUAGGCGUUAGCGGUGUCUCUGGUUUAUAUAUUGCACCGUUUUUGUGCAGUUUUUUUCUUUUACAGUGUUGGUUAAGAGGACUGACGGGUCUCUGUAUAGCGAUAUCAUGUUCUCAUUCUCCAUCCUCUGUCCAUUAAUUCUCCUAUACUACUUACAAAUCACUAUUCCAAUAAAAUUGUCACCAGAUGUCUCCUGCAAGCCUCACGCACAGUCAGCACAGCUCUCUAUCUACAUCUGUCCCAAUUCAGGACUGUCUAACACAGCCUCUUGUAUGCAUGUCAGUGGCAGCCAGCUAGUAAAUAACUUUGUGUGACCCAAAACUUAGAUUUCUCUAUUUGCGACUACCGGCCCCCUAAUUAACCCCUAAGGAACAAUGACGGUAUAAUUCCACUUUAACAAUCUAUUCUAUAAAGAGCCUGUAUAUCAACACUUAAUGUCUCUCAGGGUGAAAGCAGGGCUAUGUUGAAAUGACAAUCCUCAGUACAUGCUGGUAUAAAAGCUUUAGAGAACGGGUUUGGAUGACAACAUGAGAUCUCGGUGGUCUUACAAGCGGUUAAUCCAGAAUGUGCGUUAGUUUAUUGUUUAAUUGAAGAGAUGUAAAACGCCAGUUGAUUGGGUUUCAGGAUAGAUAAUUCUAAGCACAUUCCAUCAGCGGAAUAAAACGUUAAUUGUUAGAUUAUGCGUUAAUCAUUUCAUUCCUAAUUGGCACUCUGGAUUACGGCUUUGGUUUAAAAAGAAAAACUCUUACUACCUACACGCUGUCCUCUAACCAUCCUGCGUAUUGUCACUAUCAUCGAUUUUAUAUUUAAUUAUUUUAUUUUUUAUGAAGUCUAGGCCCACUUUGCCAAUGGUUGUUAUACAACGACAUAAAAAAAAGAGGGGGAUAAAUAUAUGAAAUAUCUAUAUAGAGAACGAAAUGUAUCUUUGUUAAGGCAUGUACAGUGCCAAUGUUAGUGAGUUGGUCUGACAGUGAGGGCUAAAGUGUAUAUUUUCAGGAACAAUUCAUUUGAUUUUUUUGGCCAUAAUUAGUGAAUUGGAAAUAUUCUUUAUGUUUGAAAUUCAUGCUGAAUUAUCAACAAUUCACUCUAUAGUACAUAACCUUAUGGUGUGAGGUUACUAGAUCUCUCUAUAAAAUGCUAUGUUAUGCAUUCCCUAUUACACUGAAAUUCUGGGUACUAUAAAUAAAAUCAGAUAUAAAGUCAAUGUGAUGAGGAAACCUAUUAACCACAAUUUGCCAAGGACAAACAUGGGUCACAAUGCAGACAAAGAUCCACCUAGGGACUGUCUCUACAAAUCCAGGACACCUGGCAGGAAUGCAUAGAAUUCUAAUAUGCCGUGAAUAGAAACUCAGCACUCCUUGCACACUUUUAUAAAAUGAAUAUGAUUAUUUAGCUAGCUUUGAUAACAUUUAGAUUUAUAACCAAUUAACUCUUCAGCUUCUGAUGGGAAUAUAAAGCCCAUAUAACAUGUUGCAUUUUUUUAACAGCACACACGUAUUAAAUUUGCAAUCCUAAUUAAACAUUGGGCAGCGAUUAAAAAAUCCCAGUUUUCUCCUGUAUUGGGCCUGGACCGUCGUGGGUUAACGUGUGUUAUAUGAAGAGCUGUAUGCAGGCCACACAGCUGAGAUGAGAUCAAUAUUUCUCUAUCAGUGUGCAAUGUCCCAGACAAGAGAUGGGGGAAGGGAUGGGAUUUCCACCAGAUGGGGACAAAAGGUUGAAAAAAAUGGGGUAUAUUCGUUAUAUAAUGCAAUUGCUGCCAUGCCCUUGUCCAUCAUUGACUUAUUGGGGUCUAUACACAACUAACAUAGGACGAUCUUAUCCCAUCAAUAUAUGCCUGUUGAAAGAAUAUAUGAAAUCGACAAAAAAAAAAAUUGUAGGGCUUAUUCACUAAACAUUGGUCUGCGGUGAACUAAACCCAGAAUCACAAAUUUCAGGCGAGAGCGGCUGCACUGGGAAAUAUAUCCAACUGAGUUUCUCAUUCCAGAUUUAGAGAUUCCGUUUUCUUUUGGCCAGAUAUCCCUGAUAAAACCCCAUAGAGUCUAAACUAGUCAUAUAAUUAAUGUAAUUUCCAAGUAGUUUAGUAUGUGUGAUUAACCCCUUCACUUACAGCUAUGCUUUUAAUGUGCUACGCAACAAUCUAUGGACAUCUUCCUGUUAAAAAAAAAAAUAAUAAGAGUAAUAGUAGAUGCAUGAAACAGCCUUUUGGGGGAGGUGGUACAGACUAAUAAUGCAGGACAGUCCCUGAAUAGUUAUGGCAGCUUGUGUUAUUUUGGGGUGAGCACUGUUUAAGGAGGUCUCUCAUAGGCACAGCUAACAUAUACCUCCGUCCACUCUCUAGAACAGGGAUAGGCAACGUUCUGCACUCCAUGUGUUGUGGACUACAUAUCCCGUUGCACUUUGCCAGAGUUAUGGCUUCAAGAGAAUUAUGGGAGACGUAGUCCACAAAAUCUGGAGUGUUAACGCUUGACUCCCUUUGUUCGAGAAUUAACACAAUUACUGUAUUCAAUUACCACGACCACAAUCAUACCAUGGGAUUUGCCUGAACCAAUGUUGACAAGGGGUUAAAGGUGCUUUAAACAGGUACUUUUUUUUUUUUUUAAAGAUUGCCACUUUUCCAAAUUCUACCUUGUACCAGUCAGUAUAACCAAUAACCAAUAACCAGUUUUUGCAUUAAAAUCCACAUUAUCAAACGACCAGUGAGAGCAGCCAUCUUAACACCCCAUAUAUUACGUCUCCUCUUUGAAGACAGCUGAUUGGUUCCUGUGGGUUCAGAGGGAGGGGUUGCAGGAAAGGAGAAGAUUUUACGAAGAUACAUUUUUUUUUUUUAAACAAACCUUAUUAAGACACUAACACUGAUUGCAAAGAAAACACUACGCGUUAUAACUAGUUUGUUAAAUCCAUCAAACCGCGUCAGAUGCAGUGUAGGCAAUCACCUGGUGUCCACAACAAGCCCUUAGCCUGCAGGAUCAAUCAUGACUAGCUAAUGUCAUUUAUGUUGAUUCCUUAUUUGCGUUUUCUUGUAGGAAAUGUACUCCUCCAUAUUAGAUGUCAGGUUAAAACAUUGCAAAUGUGGGUAAUGAGAGCCCUGAUGCAAUGCUGUAAGUGGUUGCGAUAAAUAUGGACUGACUGCAGCGCUGGCCCUAGGCCUUAAACAGGCCCACUGUGAAAUUUGGGAGUAACGCCACCCUGCCCGUCAUUACUGAUUGCCAUCAUUUAAUGAAAAGAGAUAAAAAGUCACUUCUGACAUAGCAAUUUGUGUGUCUGUGACAGUGACCAUUUUAUGUAAAAAGUGGCUUUUUAGUAAAAUAUUUUUUUAAUGGUUUGUGCAAUAUUUGUACAUGUGAGGGUUUCUGUGUGUACCAAUGCACGUGAAUGUCUCUGUAUAACAGUGUGUAUUGUGUGAACAGUGUCAUCACAAUAUCACAGUUUGCGUGUGUUCUGGCAGUGGAUCUAUGUCAGUGCUCCUGUGGAGUGCACAGGAGCAUGUGUAAUGUGUUUUGUGUAAUGUGCAUGUGUAAUGUGUUUUUACAUUGUCUAUAUGUGUGUAUGUAUGUGGCUGUUCCUGUGUUUGUGUGUACAAUAUCACAUGUAUCCUAUGUUCAUGUGUGUGUGCAAAGCUUGUAUGUGUGUUUGUCAGUGUUCCUAAGCUCCCAUUUAAAUGUAGAGUGCAAUUGUAAAGUGCAACUCCCAUGAUGGUCAGCCAGCCGUGUAUACCAGUUGGAUUCUCCUCAUUAGUUAUUUCUUUCUGCUCCCUGCUAGUUAUCUCUCACUAGCCCACUCUCCAGUUACCUCUCGCUCUCUCUGGCCAUAGUUGUGGUAGUGUGGGUGCACGAUGAAUGCCUAGGGCGAUGCUGUGCUUUUCUUCUCCACCAUAGUGCUCUGUGCGGCCGGAGGCAUACUGUGAGUGGGCGAGGUGGGUACAUGACAUAAUGCCAACACCUGUUUGUUUCACUGUACUGUUGGCCGGCACGUGGCGUACCGAGGCUAAGAAGGAAGGUACACUGCUGCCCUGUCUAUUCACUGUUUUGACAUUCUAUAACAAAUUCUGUGGGUGGCUAGAGGGGGUGUAGGUGGGUGCAAACUACUUGCAGGUUUGUGGAAUUUUCUGAACUCUACAAUCUGCCUAUUGCUGGCAGGGUGGCAGUGCCCACAUUCUCUCUGCUUUCUAUGUGAUUGCACAGGUCACAAGUCCCUAAGGCUGACCCUGAAUGAUUGAAUGGCAUGGUCAACAAUAGUUGCUGCAAAGGAUUCUGGGUAUGGUUAGUCUUUUUAUUUUAAUUUUUCAUUAAUUCAUUAAGUCAUUAUGUUUCUUUUCUUACUUGUCUACAGCCUGCAAAAGGAAAGAGCAAGAACAAAGCAAAGUCGAAAGAAAUCACGUGCCUAAACGGCACCGGCUUGUGUUCACCGAUAUCCAGCGCCGUACGCUACAUGCCAUCUUUCAUGAAAACCAGCGACCCUCCAAGGAAUUGCAGAUCACCAUCGCCCAGCAACUGGGCUUAGAACUUUCCACCGUAAGCAACUUCUUCAUGAACGCCCGCCGGAGAAGUCUGGACAAGUGGAUGGAAGAGGGUCACGGACACCCCUCAUCUUCGGGAUCUUUGUCUUCUAAGGGUGGUUCAGCGAUCGCUUGUACCAAAGCAUGAUUCGUAGACUGUAAGGC